AUGUCUGACCUUGAAGCACAUUCUGAACCAGACAACCACAUCCCGCCGUCGAAGCGGAAGCGGUCUCCGCAAGAACAGCACCGCGAUGGGGAGCCACCGGCGCGGGAGAAACACCCAGAGGGCAGCAAACGCGCGAAAGGACAGCCGAAAGAGAAGAAUGAUGCCAAGCCUGGCGGGCGCAAGGCUGGCUUGAAGCGUGAGCCUAGCGACCUGGUCAGUUGCGUCAUUGACUGGCCGCCGUCGUUCAAGUCUCUCGAGAAGACGCACCGCGCCCUCAACUUAGUCUUCACGUUCUGCUGCACGCGGAAGCACCUAGCUACGACCUUCGAUACCAUCAGGCCCGCUGUCGAGACCCACCUGGGGAGGCCGCUGACGAUCGAAGAGGUCGCGCUGGUUGUGGCUUUGCGGCCCGAAGGCAUUAGUUUUGCGUACGUCGACGAGCUCAUGCUGCAGCUCGAUGUCAAGGGCUCGGAGAGGGAUGACACUUUCAAGCCGUCGAAAUCUGGCAGGUCCCAGGCGCCGGCGCACGAUGCGUCCGUCGGAGGUUGGACCGGUAGUGAGUCCCUCGAGGAGCACCACAAACGCAGUUCAGCUCCAGGCGGUAGAGAGGUACUUUUUUUUGAGUUCAUCGACGGGGACCUCAAACGUCAAGUUCAGGACAAAAAGACGGGCGAGCCAACGCGGCCUAGCCGGAAACUGCGCGAGGAGGAGCUGAAAAUGCCCGUCUAUGGCCAGAAGCAAAUGACCGACUUGAUCGAGAGGCGAAACCAGAGGUUUGCCAACGCAGUCAACAUCUUCAUAAAUACUUGCGCCGAGAACAACCUCGACCCGGACCUCGCGCUUGAGGAGCGGGCACAAGCCUUUGUUCCAAAGCCAUCUCCCAAAAAAGACGAAAUUAUUGAGCAGGCGCCCAGCUCAAUACCCGAAAGCAUCCCCAAGGAGCGCAAGAGCAUUCCCGAAAUCGUCCAGGAACUGAAAGACAGUCCAUGGUACACUGGCCAGGUUGUUCCCGACGGGCAUCGCGUGUUCGAGCCGCAACAACCAAUCUACGGCGACCUCAAUUUUCUGCUCAGCCAGGACUUGGUGAACGCGCUGUACAACGCCAAAGGCAUCGCUCAGUUUUUCGCCCAUCAAGCGGAGGCGCUCAACGGUCUUCAUGAUGGCCACAAUGUCGUCGUGGCCACCUCGACGAGCUCCGGCAAGUCUUUAAUCUACCAGCUCCCGAUCCUGCAUGCUCUUGAGGAGGACUACAACUCACGAGCAAUGUACAUCUUCCCUACGAAAGCGCUGGCCCAAGACCAGAAGCGUAGCCUCAAAGAGAUGUUGGCAUACAUGCCCGGGCUGGAGACUACGGUCGUCGAGACUUUUGAUGGUGACACACCCAUGGGCGAGCGGAACGCGAUUCGUGAAGAGGCGAGGAUCAUUUUCACGAAUCCCGACAUGCUUCACGUCACGAUACUUCCCCAGGAGGAGCGAUGGCGCACAUUCCUCAAAAAUCUCAAGUUCGUGGUUGUUGACGAGCUUCACUAUUACAACGGCCAGAUGGGCUCUCAUGUUGCAUUCAUCAUGCGGAGACUAAGGCGUGUCUGUGCCGCCGUGGGGAACCGACGGGUCAAAUUCAUCUCGUGCUCUGCCACUGUGGCGAAUCCUGAAGAACACUUUAGGACCAUCUUCGGUAUCGACAACGUGCGACUCAUUGACUACGACGGCUCGCCGUCUGGCCGCAAAGAGUUUCUGUGCUGGAACACCCCCUUCAAAGAUCCGGGCGAUCCUGCCAGCGGGCGUGGCAGCGCCAAGUUUGAAUGCGCUCGACUCUUUUGCGCCCUCCUGCUGCGAGGCGUUCGCAUCAUUGCUUUCUGUCGCGUCCGGGCGCAAUGCGAAGUGUUGGUCAACGCCAUCAAGCAGGAGCUUGAGUAUCUGGGCCGCCCAGAGUGCACCAAUCUCGUCAUGGGCUAUCGCGGCGGGUACACUGCGCCCGACCGUCGACGCAUUGAAUCGGAGAUGUUCGAAGGGAAACUACUAGGAAUAGUGGCGACAACGGCACUGGAGCUGGGAAUCGACAUCGGAACCCUUGACUGCGUUUUGACCUGGGGCUUUCCGUAUACCAUUGCCAACCUACGGCAGCAGAGUGGCCGGGCCGGCCGCCGCAACAAGGACUCCUUGUCGAUUCUGCUUGGAGACUGCUUUCCGACGGACCAGCAUUACAUGCAGAAUCCAGAUGAGCUUUUCACGAAACCCAACUGCGAGCUUCGCGUUGACCUACAAAAUAUGCUGGUGAGGGAAGGACACAUUCAGUGUGCUGCGUAUGAGAUGCCGAUCCGGCCGGCGCAGGAUUCUCAAUUCUUUGGCGACGACCUUCCGACAAUCUGCAAAGAGAGGCUACUCAAGGACGACAUGGGCUUUUAUCAUUGCCACGACCGCUUUCGGCCCAAUCCGGCACGCUUCGUCGCGAUCCGCGACACCGAGGACGAUCACUUCGCCAUCAUCGACAUCACGCACGGCAGAAAUGUGGUACUGGAGGAACUGGAGGCGUCGAGGGCGACGUUUACAAUCUACGACGGCGCCAUAUUCCUCCAUCAGGGCAACACUUACCUGGUUCGGGACUUUGUUCCGGACAAGCUCAUGGCCAAAGUGGAGAGGGUCAAGGUGGACUGGACGACAACGCAGCGCGACUUCACCGACAUUGACCCGACGGAGACGGAGGCGAUACGCAGGAUACCUUCGUCGCUGUCGCAGGCUUAUUACGGCACGAUCAAGAUACAACAAAACGUGUUCGGGUACUUCAAGGUGGACAAGAAGGGGCGAGUGUUGGACGCCGUGCAAGUGGACAACCCGCCGGUGAUACGAUACAGCAAGGGCAUGUGGUUGGACGUGCCCAAGAAGGCACUUGACAUCCUCGAGUCGCGGCGGCUUCAUUCGGCGGCUGGGAUCCACGCGGCGGAGCACGCUAUCAUGAGCCUGCUCCCGACGUUUGUCAUUAGUAUGCCUGAGGACGUGCGGACCGAGUGCAAGGUGGCUCUCAAGGAGUUCGCCAAGAAGGAAACGCAGAGGAAGCGGCCAGCGAGACUGACGUUUUACGACGCCAAGGGAGGCGCCAACGGGUCAGGCAUCAGCACCAAGGCGUUCGACCACAUCGACCACCUGCUGAAGAUGGCGCUGCAGCGGGUAGAGGGCUGCCACUGCGAACGGGGCUGCAUCGAGUGCGUGGCGUCGGAGAUGUGCAAGGAGUCCAACGAGGUGAUGAGCAAGGCCGGUUGCCGGGUGGUGCUGCGAAGCCUGCUGAACCUCGAUAUUGACGUGGAGGAACUGCCGUUGGGCCCUGAAGACUUUAUGCCGACGGGCAUCGAGACGGUGGUUCUCGCGCAGCCGGUACCGGCGGGCGGCCAAGGGCGGCGGCCAGGACCCCCUGGGCAUGGCGAGCGCGAGAGGAAAGCGGCGGCCGAGAAGAAGGAGAAGGAGGAGAUGAUGGGAGGCUUUGAGCGAUGGGCUGACGGCUGA